AUGUCUCUUCGCAUCCUCACAAGGGCCAUCAAGCCCUCCAUGGUCGCCAACUCCCGCACCAUGGCCUCUAAAUCAAAAGCAUUCGUCAAGUACGACUGGACUGACCCUCUUAACUUGAACUCCCUGCUCACCGAGGAUGAGAUUGCCGUCAGAGAUGUCGCCCGCGACUACUGUCAGGACAAGCUCAUGCCUCGCGUUACCAUGGCCAACCGUCACGAGAAGUUCGACAGGGAGAUCUUGUCGGAGAUGGGAGAGCUUGGUCUUUUGGGAUCGACCAUUGAGGGAUACGGAUGCGCCGGUGUCUCCUCGGUCGCCUACGGUCUCACCGCCCGCGAGGUCGAGAGAGUCGACAGUGGUUACCGCUCUGCUAUGAGUGUGCAGUCCUCGCUGGUCAUGCACCCUAUCUACGCCUACGGUACAGAGGAGCAGAAGCAGAAGUGGUUGCCCCGCCUUGCCAAGGGUGAGAUUGUUGGAUGCUUCGGAUUGACAGAGCCCAACCACGGCUCGGACCCCGGCUCGAUGGAGACGGUGGCCAAGAAGGUCAAUGGUCACUACGUCCUCUCGGGUUCCAAGACCUGGAUCACCAACUCGCCUAUUGCUGACGUCUUUGUCGUCUGGGCCAAGGAUCUCUCGGACGGCGCCAAGAUCAAGGGUUUCGUCCUCGAGAAGGGCAUGAAGGGCCUCUCUGCCCCCAAGAUCGAGGGCAAGUUCUCUCUCCGCGCCUCGAUCACCGGCAUGAUCAUGAUGGAUGAUGUUGAGGUCCCUGCCGAGAACUUGUUGCCUAACGUCCAUGGUCUUAAGGGUCCCUUCGGGUGCCUUAACAAUGCUCGUUUCGGUAUUGCCUGGGGUGCCCUUGGAGCUGCCGAGUUCUGCCUUGCCCAGGCUCGUGAUUAUACCUUGAACCGUACGCAGUUCGGUGUUCCCCUGGCUCGCUUCCAGUUGAUGCAGAAGAAGAUGGCCGAUGCCAACACCGAGAUUGCUUUGGGACUCCAGGCCUGUCUCCAGGUUGGUCGUCUGAAGGACGAGGGCAAGAUUGCUCCCGAGAUGAUCUCGAUGAUCAAGCGCAACUCUUGUGGAAAGGCUCUGGAUAUUGCUAGGAAUGCCCGUGAUAUGUUGGGCGGUAACGGCAUCUCGGACGAGUACCAUAUCAUCCGUCAUGUUAUGAACCUCGAGGCUGUCAACACCUAUGAGGGCACGCAUGAUGUCCAUGCCCUUAUCUUGGGACGUGCUAUUACUGGCCUUGCCUCCUUCUCUGCCACCGAUUAA